UCUAUUCAAAACAUUCGAUCAUAGAAUUUCAUGCGGUAUAUAAUAUAAAAAAUAUUGCAGGUGUAUCGUGAACGUUUUAACGUGGCGGAGAAAAACAAAAACAAAUCGCAAAAAUGAGCAAUUCAACUAUUUCGGAUCAGUCGCUAAUGGAUAAGUCCAUGCGGAGUGUUUUCGUCGGGAAUAUCCCGUACGAAGCCACGGAGGAGAAUCUGAAGGAUAUCUUCAGCGAGGUGGGACCUGUUCUGUCUUUCAAAUUGGUCUUCGAUCGUGAAACCGGCAAGCCCAAAGGAUAUGGCUUUUGUGAAUAUAAGGAUCAAGAAACUGCCUUGAGUGCUAUGAGAAAUUUAAACGGAUAUGAAAUCGGCGGUAGAACAUUACGUGUGGACAAUGCGUGCACAGAGAAGAGUCGAAUGGAAAUGCAGAGCCUGUUGCAGGGACAGAAUACUGAGAAUCCGUACGGAGAGGCUGUUCAGUCAGACAAGGCGCCAGAGGCAAUAAGCAAAGCUGUAGCAUCUUUACCACCGGAGCAAAUGUUCGAGCUGAUGAAGCAGAUGAAGCUCUGUGUGCAAAACAAUCCAAAUGAAGCGCGUCAAAUGCUUCUUCAAAAUCCUCAGCUAGCAUAUGCUCUACUCCAGGCACAGGUAGUCAUGAGAAUAGUGGACACUCAUACAGCAGUUAAUAUGUUGCACAAAGCUAAUCCUAUUCCGAGUGUGUUGACACCAUCAGACAAACCACUUCAACAAGUCCAGCCACGAAUUGAGGAACCAUGGGCACCUGCACGGCCAGUGCCGGCCAGUGUUCCACCAAUCUUUGCCGUAGCGCAGAAAAUAGACGAGAAAGAUUUUUAUUCGCAAUAUUCAGCAGGUCAAGAUGUGGAUCUUCGAUUGGACAGACCAAUAGAUCCACGUUUGGCUAGGUUAGAUCAAGAUUUGAGAGGAUCUUUGCAGACACAGCCCACUUCGGUUACGGUUCCACCAGUCAUAUCGGCCACUACUGAUCUGACAAGAGGACCUAGUUCAUUCACCGUUGCUGCAGACAACAUUCUUCCUGUGGAAGGAAUUGAGAGCUUCUGCCGUGAUCCAAGAACCGAUAGAUUCGGUAGAGAUCCACGAGACCCGAGAGAUCCAAGGAUGCCAGCAGAUCCUAGGACCAAAGUUAAUCCGGUUCCGGCUUUGGUUGCAACUGUUCCGAGACCAGUUGCUGCGCCAACUGUGACAACUCCAAGCGUAACCAGCAUUACAACUGGAUCCUCGGCAGCGCUCACACAAUCCACAACUUCCGCGACCACGAGACUUAUGGCCGGAAUGUCUCCCGCGGGAAACAUACCUAGCGGUGCGUCUGAUCAGGAAAAGGCUGCUCUAAUAAUGCAAGUCUUGCAAUUAUCGGACGAGCAAAUUGCAAUGCUCCCACCUGAGCAAAGACAAAGUAUUCUAGUGUUGAAGGAACAAAUUGCGAAGAGCACUCAACGCUGAUAAGCGUUAAACCGGGACGUCAAGCAUUUUGAUAUAAGAAAUGUUUUUAAAAUUCACAGCCAUGUAUCACGUACAAUCACAAUAAAGCGUCAAAAAA